AUGAAAACUAGAAGAUCAAGUUCAGCUUAGCCUUCAUACUAAUCUGAGGAAGACUAUAUAGAGAAAAAUAAACAUAUUUGCAAAUCAAUUAAUCCCAAAUUAACAUUUAGAUAAAUUAGAAAUAAAUUAUCAUCUGAAUGGAAUAUUUUAGCUAAUAAACCAAAAGUAAUAUAUUAUUAUUUAAUAAAGAAAUAAACUAGAUUAGAUGAUUUUAUAAUCUCUAUAAGUUCAUCACCUAAACCAAUUUAAUAAAAAAAAUAAAAAAAAAUAAGCAUUUAAAAACAUCGAAAACAUCAUCAAAUUAACAAAAAUUAAAAGUCUCUAUAAAAUAAAAAAUUCAAAUAAACUAUAAUCCCAUCUUCUCCAAAACAAGUACCCAGUAUUAUUAUUACUGAUUCUGAAUCUUUAAAAAUUAGUUUGACUUCAUAAGAAGAUAAGUAAUCUAUUUUAAGAGAGAGUCCUGUUAUAAUUUCUACUAAUAGUUUAUAAAUAAAGGAAGUCAAUUAAUAACCUUAAAAGGAAGUCAAUUAAUAACCUUAAAAAAUAAUUACACAUACAAAAUAGGAAGAAUCUAAAUAAAAUUUAACCUAAAAUCAAAAAUUUUAGAAAGAAAAUAAAAAACAUAAACUAAAAUUACCUAUUCAAAAAUUGAAGUUAAGAAGAUUAAAUAAAUUAAGCAAACUCAAAUCAAAAUGUAAACCAGGAAUACCAUCUGAAUUUCAACCUAUAUUAGCAUAAGAUUUUAUUAAUUCAGCCAAAAAAUUUGAUCACGUUAGCGUGAUUACUAUAUCUAAAUCUAAAGUUGAUUAAGGUUAGGUGGGUUUAGAUGAAAUUAAAAACAUAGUAUCUCAUACAUAUGGAAUAAUUAAUCAUGAAUAAAGUAAUUCGGAAAGGUUGAAUUUCUAAUUGUUUUUUGAAGUUGAAUUCUAACCUAGAGAAAAUGGAAAUGUUCCAUAAAAUACAUUUUGUACUUCUAAGUAAGCUGCCUUUUAUUGCAAAGACAUAACUUUAGGAUAUAUUUAAAAACACAAAGAUAUAUUUACUUAAAACGAUGAAUAUUAUUUGAAAUGA